AUGGAACAGAGGAACCGGCUCGGCGCCCUCGGAUACCUGCCGCAGCUGCUACUGCACGCCCUGCUGCUCUUCGUGGCCGACGCUACAUUCACCGAAGUCCCCAAAGAUGUGACAGUGCGGGAAGGAGACGAUAUCGAAAUGCCCUGCGCGUUCCGGGCCAGCGGAGCCACCUCAUAUUCGCUGGAGAUUCAGUGGUGGUACCUCAAAGAGCCGCCCCGGGAGCUGCUGCACGAGCUGGCGCUCAGUGUGCCCGGCGCCCGGAGCAAGGUAACAAAUAAGGAUGCAACUAAAAUCAGCACCGUGCGCGUCCAGGGCAAUGACAUCUCGCACCGCCUGCGGCUGUCGGCAGUGCGGCGGCAGGACGAGGGCGUGUACGAGUGCCGCGUGUCGGACUACAGCGACGACGACACGCAAGAGCACAAGGCCCAGGCGCUGCUGCGCGUGCUCUCGCGCUUCGCGCCGCCCAACAUGCAGGCUGCUGAGGCCGUGUCCCACAUCCAGAGUAGCGGCCCGCGCCGCCACGGCCCCGCCAGCGCCGCCAACGCCAACGCCGCAGGCACCACCGGCGCCGUGGGCCGUGCCACCUCUGAGCCGGGGCGAGGAGACAAGAGCCCGCCGCCGCCUGGGGGCCCGCCCGGUGCCCCAGGUCCCGGAGUCCCCGAGGCGGCGGCUGCCUCCGCGACCCACGCCGCCACCACCACCGUCGCGGCCGCUGCCGCUGCCUCGUCAGCAUCCCCGCCACCAGGCCAGGCUGUCCUUCUGCGCCAGAGGCACCGCUCGGGCACUGGCCCUCGCUAUGCCAUAGACCCGCUCCUGUACCUGCUCCUGUUAGCUCUGCACAAGCUCGUGCGCUUGCUGGUGGGACACUGACACCCACCUCCACACCUCAGCAGAGCCCGCCCAGACCCUCCGUGAGGACUGCACCUCAGACAGACACAGAAAGACUGAGAGAAGCAUGACAAAUUCCACAUGGAAAAUAAAUAAAUCAUAUUUUUGGGGAGGUUACACAAAUGUAGAACAUCUAAAGUAAUGCAUCUAGUUUCCAAAUAAGAUGGAGUUCAAACCAUGCAGUGUGCGUGGGAUCAAUGAUUUUUCAACUUCCAUGUAUUUUUCUUUUCUAAACUCUUCCGCCAGGUCUUCAUUUUGCACGAACUGUUGAGCAGUUAUCUUUAGGACAAUAUGUAAAAAUGUUGGCUCAAAGCCUUUCUGACAAAGCAACAUAUUUUUAGUAGAUUAU